AUGUUCGACGUGCGCACCGUCGAAGCGGGUGCCUGUUGUGAUCAAGAGCGUGAUAGCGGCGAGGGCGCGAUGUCGAUGACGGCGCGGAGAAGGCGCGCCUUCCAGCGGCAGGCCUGCUUGCUGAGUGUCCUGGCGGCGUUCUCGCUCGGGCUUGCGCUCGGUGUGUUUGUGCCGCUAAUCGGCAUUUCGCAGGCGAAAGGAGCCGUAGGAUCGGGAGCGGCCGUAGCCGUCGCCAUGGAUCCACAUAUUCUCGAGGAUUCACCACAUCCGGUGCCGGCGCUGCAACAUCCGGCACAUCAGAUGCCUCAUUUUCCGACCAUUGAUGACAUCCGGUCGGAGGACGCUGGGCCACGGGCUGGCCGGUAUGCGUCAGUUUCUUUUAUUGCUGAGGAAAAACUGGCCGAUUUAGGACGCGAUGGUGAGUCGAGGGUGGAUCUUCCUGCGAUCCUUCCUUCAAGAAGUGCCACACUCGAGAAGGCCGCUGCUGGGCCGGAAAGACGCGAAUCACGCUCGAGUCGCCCGGAUCAGGAUGUUGGACGUGUCCCAGCAACCGAGGAUGCGGCUGGCGUGAUCCGGGAAGGCAUCUAUUGGGGCUCUAGCGUAGAGAGAGCGCUUCCAGCUGGCUUUGACCGACAUCAGAGCGAAUCCUGGGCGCGCUACCUACGUGAGGCUGAAGUUGAACGGCUCGAAAUUGGAUGUGGCCGUAUGCAGAACCGACUGCUGGUGUUCCGUGAUGGAACGCGCGCUUGUGCUCGCUACCGGCAGAACACGGACCAGAUCCAGGGUGAGCUGUUCUCGUUCUACCUCGGGCAGCUGCUUAAUCUCACCAACCUAGCACCAAGUGCGGCCGCCAUCAUCGAUCCGGAAGCACGGCUUUGGGCAGCGGCCACCGAAGAGCUUGCUGGUGCCCAAUGGAAACCCACAAAGCCGGUGGUCAUCACGCAGUGGAUUGGUCGGCUUGAACCAGCUGGGAUUCCGGUGCCAUUCCGGCCACUAGAGCGACAUCUCAAUCGCUAUGACGUGCGCAACAUCACCGAAGGACUAGAUCGACCUCGAGAUGGCGUUCGAAGGCUACUGCUCGAUCGACUUGCUUCAGGAUCGGGUCGCGAUUCAAGCGGAUCGUCAGUCACAGGACCACCUUCAGCUGAAGCGCUAGAACGGCUUGUCGAGCUGGCGCAGUGGUCAGACCUGAUCGUGUUCGACUACCUCAUCGCUAACCUCGAUCGGGUCGUCAACAACCUGUACAAUUUUCAGUGGAACGCGGACAUCAUGGCGGCGCCUGCGCACAAUCUCGCGCGUCAAACCGACUCAGCGUUGCUCGUGUUCCUUGACAACGAGUCGGGGCUGUUACACGGUUAUCGGCUGCUGAAGAAGUACGAGGCUUACCAUGGCCUGCUGCUCGACAACCUGUGCGUGUUCCGGCGGUCCACCGUUCGAGCGCUCGAGGCACUGCGAGACGCCAGCGUUGGUCAGCGGUUGAACGCGCUGUUCGAGCGGACGACGACUGCCCAGAUCCGGGACGUGUUGCCACCGCUGCCGGAGAAAUCGGUCAAGAUUCUAGUCGACCGCAUCGACCGGGUGCUCGGCCAGGUGCAGAAGUGCCGGGAGACGUUCGCCGAGCGAUAG